GGAGCAGAAGACCAAGGGGGCGCACUGCAACAUGAAGUGGACUCUGCCGGUCUUCGCCAUUGUCGGCAUCUCCAUCGUGUCCUGUGGUCAAGAAAAGGAAGCGCUGGGAAUGUUCUUCUACGGUCACGGCGGAGGUUUCGACAAAGGAGGAGGUCCCGGGUUCGAGGGAUUUGGGAACCACGGACCCCACGGUCAUGAAGGACCAUGGGGAAACGGUGGGGAGAAGGGUGGGGGAUGUUCAGAUUGCGAGGAAGCUGAGCAAGGAUCGGGGGGUGAAGAAGAAGACGUAGGUGAGGAAUGCGCAGAGUGUGGUGAAGAUGGAGGGUUUUUCGGCUUAGGUCCUGGAUUUGGCAAAGGACAUGGCGUAGGAUUUCCUGGCCCUGGUCAUGGUUUUAAUAAAGGGCAUGAUGUAGGGUUCUCUUUACCAGGGCAUGGAUUCAACAAAGGGCAUAGUGGGGGAUUUCCUGCCCCUGGCCAUGGUAGUAAAGGACAUGAUGUAGGAUUUGCUGGACCAGGACAUGGAUUCAAUAAAGGUCAUGAUGUAGGAUUCACCGGUCCAGGACAUGGAUUCAAUAAAGGGCAUGAUGUAGGAUUUGCUGGGCCAGGACAUGGUUUCAAUAAAGGGCAUGAUGUAGGAUUUGCUGGGCCAGGACAUGGAUUCAAUAAAGGGCAUGAUGUAGCAUUCGCUAGUCCAGGUUUUAAAAAAGGAGGCCAUGGUCCAGGAUUUCACGGAAGCUGGGGGCCUGGAAAGGGUGAAGGAGCUGGGGGGUUUGGCUUCCAUAGCUGGGGGGUUGGGAAGGGUGAGGGAGGUGGAUUUGCAAAGGGUGUAGUAAAAGGAGUUGGAUUUGGAAAAGGGGAAGGUGAAGGUCACGAUCAUGGGAAGGGAUGUGCGGUCUGCGGAGAAGGAAAGGGAGAGGGAUCAGUCCCUGAAGGUGCUACAAGCUACAGCCACUCAGUGUCUUUUACUGGAAGCUCAUCCAAGGGAAAAUAAAACAUAAAAAUCACUUUCCAAACUCCCCCCUCUUAUAAAACCCCCAUAUUGCCGUUUUAAUUUAUUACCUUAAAUCCAAAUACUUUGUAAGAUUUACUUGUAUAAUCUGAUAGUACACAAAUGCUUUAGACUUGAUGGUCUUUACAGUACGUUUUGGUGUUGGCAAUGGUGCUAACUGCCGUCCUGGCUGACCUCGAAGCAGCAGAAUCUGGAGGAGGAGGUGGUGGUGGCUACGGAAAAGGAGGUGGAGGAGGAGGCGGAAAAGGAGGUGGAGGAGGAGGCGGAAAAGGAGGUGGAGGAGGAGGCGGAAAAGGAGGUGGUGGAUUUGGAGGCCACGGCGGUGGUGGACACAGUGGAGGAGGAAAAGGUGGGGGUGGAGGGGGCCAUGGAGGAGGAAAAGGGGGUGGUAUGUCAGGCUAUAAAGGAAAAGGUUAACACCACAAACUUGACAUUAAAUCUCCUACCAAUGCUCUAUUGUUAGUUUUCUUUUCAAUGUGUAUUAACUAUUUGUUACAUAAAUAAACCUUUAGUUUGACCAAUGCAUUUUAAUAUUUGAAUUGCAAAAUAGACCACCCCAAU